AUGGAAACAUCACCGGAAAUGUUCCUGAUUGUACUGGCGGUAGCAAUGUGCAGCAUUUUAUUCUGCUUCACUAUUGGAGUGGUUGUGAUUUUUCGUUGCUGUGAAAUUAAGGAAUUAAACUUGCAUGAUCUGCCUGCAGUGAUGCUAGAGGUAUGA